AUGCCCAGGGGACCGAUAGCAGGGUACGGCAAAGCAGCGGAGGAGCGCGCUCUGAUGUGCGAAGACGCGUUAUGGUAUCUUCUACAGAUGGAGGGGGUGCAGCAGAUCCUGCGCUCUCAGCCUCAGCAUACUCCACUGCCCCAUUGUCCCCUGCGCACGCGCACAGCCGCGGAGAAGUCAAGCUAUUGGGCACGCGCACCGCUCAGCUCACCAGCGGACCUCGAGCAGUUUAGGCAAGAGUGUCUUGGAGCGGGAACCAAGUCAUUCGCCUCCAGACCGAAUAUGGACGUGAGAGGAGGGCAGGUGUCUGCGUGUAGGGAGCCAGAAGUGGAAGGGGACGAUGAGAGUGCGGUGGAGCAAGGGCUAGGUUUCGGGCAGGCUGGCCCUGAAGAUCAUCCCUAUCCACCCCGUUCUUUAUCAGUGUCACACCCACCCUACAUCCAUCCCCCAUAUCUCCCAGAGGGAUCAGCCGAGAUGUCGCGUCCGCAGAGCGCCAGUGCGGUACCCCCGGCCGAGCGGUCAGCAUGGGACGAGGGUCUCCGCUUUGCGCUGUCCAGCAAUAUCGAUCCUGUCCUGGCAAAUCAGCCGCGCCCGCCCUGGCCGCCAGCACGGACGCCGAGUUCGGGCUUCCAGGUCCCGCCAAGUCCAGCAGAGGCAGAGGAGAGCGAUAUAUUCUGGUGA